GACGCACCUAGUUGGUUCGCGCGACGUGCUACAUCCUUGUAUUGUAUACUCCUAGUUCUUGGGUGCGUCUCAGAUAAUUGAUGUGACGAACAUUUCCUCUUCGUUGUUUUAUCGAGAUGUACCAGCAGAGACUGUGCCAGCGUUGUUGAGUGCGUCUUCUCUUUUGAGGGUGCAGCGCGUCUCUCAUGCGAUGAAGAUGGAAAUGGUCCGAUCUAUAAUAGAAGCGAAGGGUAAUACGUGUAGAUGAGCACUCCAGCCAACGUGCUGCAAAGGGUAGAGCUGCACUCCAGCCAACGUGCUGCAAAGGGUAGAGCUGCACUCCAGCCAACGUGCUGCAAAGGGGAGAGCACUCCAGCCAACGUGCUGCGAAGGGUAGAGCACUCACUCCAACAUGCUUUUUGGUUUUCUCAGACGGGGGCAAGACGAAUGUAGCAGAUGGCUCAUAAUAUUUAAGCUAGAUCGUAAGAAAGAUCGUAACCGAAAGUCCUACUUAGUGUUUUUGUUGUAACUGUAAGUCACAUGUUUUUUCGUUUUUCGUCCUCGUCGGACGAAAGAGGAAUUACAUACUACAACUGAGAUUUUGAAAGGUGGGCCGAGAGGAAUAGUUUUUUGUAGUUCAGGUAUGACAUUGCUUGAACCAUCAAAGAAAUAUUUGUUAAAAACUAUGUAUGAUCUCAUAAAUAUUGAAUUUGAAGAACAAGAACGAUUAUUUAUAACGAUAGGAUUUUAUUACUGUACUAUCAAUAAAUUGAUGGUGAAGAUUGAGUUCGACGUACUAUUGAUAGUGAUUUCUUUGUAGUGGACUGUACACAGUAGCGCGACAGCUACGAGAUUGCAGCUCAGGAGAGUCCCGCUGGACUUGCCGUUCGGGUUGUGACGGGGCGCCCGUGAGGGUGCUGAGUGGGACUGCUAUGCGAUGUUCUUCUUCUUGUCGGACCAGAUGAAGCAAAGCAGUUAGCUUGGUAACCGCAUAACUAGGCGCUGUCGAGCAGCCUGCCUUGUAGCGCCACGCAAACAGCGGCUGUAGGCCUCUCGUCUUGGAGCGUUACGCGAACAGCGGCUGUAGGCGGGCGUGGACUUCUGCAUGCCUCCCACCUGAGGCAUGCCUGCGGGCACCCGCCUGCCUUUGGCUGUCCUGGAACACGCCUGCCUCUGGCUUUCGUGUCGUAGAACUCACGGAAGCCAAAGGCCGGGACACUUUCCCCAUGAAAUGAAACACAGCCGAGAGGAGCUCGCCAGGAGGAUCCGUAGAAGUGGCCCUGCACAUCCAUGGCCUCUUAGUUAGUGCCAAACUAUACUUGCGCAGGGCCAGGGCGGGAGCGCGAGAACACGGAUGGGGCGUGGGGGCCGCGUGCAUGCGAAACUCAUGCCAAUAAUGCAUAAUGUUAAUGAUAUCAACAUUAAGUAACCAACAGGACGAGGCACCAUUUUACGAAAAAGAUUAACAGUGUCACUAAUUGUACUAAAAAGAAAAACUUCUUCGAGAGGUUAUGGAGAUGGAAAUUAUGGAAGCUGCUCUACUGAAAAUGAGUAGCAUCAAGUAGUCUAGUACUUGGAUCGUCAUCAUGAUAUUUUCACUUAAGAAGUUCGUCACAUCAAUGUAUGUUGUUGUGACUCAAGAGCACAAUUAUGCAAGAACUACAAGAAGGGCGCUACGGAUAAGAAAAGUUGAGUCAACAAAAGUUGAGUCAACAUGAAGAUCAUCUCUUGCUGAUGGAUUGAAAGAGCUUGCUUUUUGUCGUGAAAAAUAGUAAUAAAUAUGUAGAACUGGAGUUUUUGAAAUAGAUAAGAAAGCAACAUCGAUCCAUCUUCGUUUGAAUAAGACAUAACACCAGCACUCACAGUGUAUUUGUAGGAACAACUAUGAGGCUGUACUUGUCUGAUGAACAAAGUAGAGGGCACAAAGAGGCUUUCCUACAGCGGCAGGAUCAGAUGUGUUGAGAAAGGAUCAAAAGUUUGUUUUUGGUGAAGAUAGAAGGCAUAGAAAUAUCAGCACGAAACGACUCAUGAUAUAGAAUCACGAUGAACUCAAGAACAAGAAGGUUAUCUUGGAGGUAGACAUAGAACAACAAGAUGAAGGUCUAUUGUGGAAGAGUACUCGACGUGACAACAUGAGCAAGGCAUUUAUCAAAAUCUUGUAUUUCAUCAGUUAAGUAGCAGGAGUAUUUCAAAGGACGUCUCACUACUUCUAAAGAGUUGCAUUCAUUACUACGUUGUGUACGAAUUAGCGAGGCAAAGGAAGACCAGCAAGCACUUCUUAGAAAACGACAAGGAAAUCGAACACGUUAAUGUUUUGAAAUAGUAGAAGAUGUGGAUGUUGAUAUUGGAGAUCA